AUGUCAAUCUCACACAUUUCCAAUAAGGGCCAGUACCUUCAUGGUCCUGGGCAACUUCGUCUUGAGGACCGACCAUUGUCUUCGAUCGGCCCGUCAGAUGUGAGGAUUCGGAUCCGAGCAACAACUUUAUGCGGCUCCGAUGUGCACUAUUUCAAGUAUGGCAAGAACGGCUCAAUUGAGGUGAAAGAGCCACUCUGUGGUGGGCAUGAAGCAGCCGGUGAAGUUGUGGAGGUGGGUGCCGCUGCUCGAGUAUUGGGAAAAGUCCAGGUCGGUGACAAAGUUGCGGUUGAAAGUGGUGUACCUUGCCAAGAAUGUCCGAAGUGUGAGGACGGCCGAUACAAUAUAUGCUCGAAGCUUCGCUUCCGGAGCAGUGGCGCAUCGUUUCCACAUUUCCAAGGAACCCUCCAAGAAUACAUUGACCACCCUGCUGAAUGGUGUCACCGGUUACCCGACGCACUCUCAUUUGACGAUGGCGCUCUACUUGAGCCUCUGUCAGUGAGCAUUCAUGCCGUUAAUAGGACUGCCAUGAAGGAGAAAUCACGGUGUUUAGUUUUCGGGGCUGGGGCAGUCGGGCUCCUCUGCGCUGCCGUUGCGAAAAUUGAGCACAAUAAUUCUGUGGCAAUUGCCGACAUUGACCAAGGAAGGGUCCAAUUUGCACUCGAUCAUGGUUUCGCAGAUACAGGGUUUGUUGUAGUUCCACGACAAGGCAAGGACCUCAAAGAGCGUCUUUCAAUCGCGAAGGAGCUUUCAGUGGAAAUUGGGAAGCUGAAAUGGCCCGGGGGGAAAAAGUGGGCCGGGUUGAGCACGUAUUUGAAUGCAACUGAUAACGGUGGAAAUAUCGUGCUUGUGGGCAUGGGUACUCCCGUUCAAUCGUGGCCGAUUGCAGAAAUUACAGGCCGUGAGAUCAAUAUUGUGUCUGUUUGGCGUUACGUUAACUGCUAUCCUCGAGCAAUCGAGAUCGUGGAAGCUGUGAGAGGCGGUGUUCUCAAGCCGGAUGUGACAAAGCUCAUCACACAUCGGUUUACUGGGAUUCAGUCGGUUCCAUUGGCUUACGCCACUGCCAGUAACACACGAGACAAGGAAUCAAGAUUGAUUAUCAAAACAGUAGUCAACUUUUGA